AUGGCGGAAAUAUCGGAUCACGAAGCCGUUCACACUGUUCUAGGCGGCCUGCAACCGGGCGGACCAUGUCUAUCUUGGUUGGCCGGCCUGGUAGCAUGCGAGGCCCUACGAUUGACCCAACGAUUCAACAAAAGUACACCAUGGUCCAUUCGUUGUUUUGCAUACUUCGGCUUAGCAAUGUCGGCUACUCUGGCGGGCCUUUUUGCCUCAGUGCUAUAUCAUUAUUGUGUUCGCGGGUACGGGGAUUACGAGGCUCUUAAGUAUGUCACUAGGGUUCUUCGGUAUCAUUUUUUUUGUAGCAGAAUCGCAACGUUGGCAGGAUUCUUAUUUUAUACCCAUUCUGUGUGGAAUUCCAAGACGGGGAAGAUGAAGAUAUGCAAAAUACCAAUCGUUCAGAUCAUUCUUGUGUUGAUAAAUGCAUGUCUUGGCGGGUUAUUCGCUCUCAGACUUCUCCGACUCUUCAAGAUAUUAACCUUUCGGGAAUUUGGCGGUACUUGGCUGUUUGAGAGAUCAGGGUAUGCUAUUCAGCUGGUUUGCGGUGUUUUAUUGACUUUUAUCAAGGCAUACGAUCUUUAUCACUCAGAUGCGAUUUCAAAAGUACUUGCGCUGAAGGAUGACCCAUUUCGGUGCGCUUGGGGUACAUUAUGCAUCUUAUGCCAAACAGCCAUUUUCCCUACUAUCUUUGACACUAUCUCAGUAUGUCAGUAUCAAGCUGAUGGGAUGAGUGGAGCGAGUUACAGUAUCUUGUCUGUAAGCGCCGAGCUUCACUUAUUUGGGCCUAUCAUGGCCAUUAGUGCAGCACUUGAUGACGAGGAGAUAGUUGUGUGUGGGACACCCUGUCCAGUGGGAAGGAAUGAUCUUGAUGCCCGAGAUGUAGCUAAACCGAGUGUCAUCUUCCAAUCACUGGAAAAGGAGGAGGAAAAUGAUAAGGUGUAG